GACAUUGAACACUGUGUGGGUGCUGGAGGGAAUACAGAAGUACAAGUAGAAGUGCACUGGCCGAGCUGCAGUGCAGAGGAAAGAGGGCCCAGAGUAAGGAAAAGCCACUCCAAGUUGUGGGGAGACCUGCCAUCGCACUACCAGAUACCCCACUGAAGGCUCCUGAGGAACCAUGUCUCUGGCUGAGACGAUCCAGCUAUGGCAUGACGGGGUACGCGCUGCCGAUCAGAAGGACUGGAGAGCAGCGCUGGAGGCCUUCGCUUCAGUUCAGAACCCCUCCUCCAAACUCUGCUUUAACAUUGGCUCCAUCCAUCUGAUCCUGGGGAACUUGGCUGAGGCAGAGCAGGCAUUUGCCAGGAGUAUUAACUGCGACAAGCACUUGGCUGUGGCCUAUUUCCAGAGAGGAACAGUAUUUUACGAGAGAGAAAACUAUGAUUCAGCAGUCGAAGACUUUAAAGAAGCACUGGCUCAACUGCGAGGGAACCUGCUGAUAGACUAUAAGAUCCUGGGGCUGCAGUUCAGGCUGUUUGCUUGUGAGGUGUUAUACAACAUAGCUCUGGUCUAUGCCAAACUGGAGGACUGGAAAAAAGCAGAAGAGCACCUCAUCUUGGCAACGAGCUUGAAGAGCGAGCCUCGACACAACAAGAUUGAUAAGGCUAUGCAAGCCAUUUUGAAGCAAAAUUUAUUUGAGCCAGUGGUGAUCCCCCUGGGGAAGCUGUUUAGGCCAAAUGAGAAGCAAGUGGCUCAGCUGGAGAAGAAAGAUUACCUGGGGAAAGCUACGGUUGUGGCAUCUGUGGUUGACAAGGAUAAUUUUUCAGGGUUUGCGCCACUUCAGCCACAGGCCUUAGAUCCUCCACCCCGACCAAAGACACCAGAAAUCCUCAGGGCUUUGGAAGGAGAACCUCACAGAGUCCUGUUCGAGUUCACGCCCGAGACUUCUGAGGAACUGGCAGUCCUUCCAGGGAACAUCGUCUUUGUCCUGAACAGGGGAAUUGACAACUGGGCCACUGUUAUGUUCAACGGGAAGAAAGGGAUCGUUCCAUACAACUACCUUGAGGCGGUGGAGUUACAGAACAGACCUCACCAGUGGGAGGAAAAAUCCCCAGAGCUCGACAUCCCUGACCCACCCAGUUUCAAUGCUCCAGAAAAACCCAGACAGGCAGCACCAGAUCAUGUUCCUGUUACUUCUGACAAACAGCGGAUGAAAGAGCCAAAGGUGGGAGACUCAGCUGUCCCAAGCCCAUACAUUCUCAAGGUGCACUACAAGUACACAGUAGCAAUGGAAGCCACGCCUCAACUCUCCUACAGCGAGAUUUUGGACAUGGUCUGCAAGAAGCUGGAGCUCUUGACGCAGCACACAACACUGAGGUACCGGCCUGCAGGUAGUGGUGAGCUCAUGGUUCUGAGUGAGGAGGGCAUGAAGACAGCCUGGAGCCAUGCUAAAGACCACUGUCUGACACUGUGGUGCGGCAGCACAGAGGGAGAUCAAGAUUUUCCAGGAGAUGGCAAAACAGAGGAAGAUACCCAGAAAGCAACAUCAGAAGAGGAAUUAGCAAACAGAGUAGUAGCGCAAUACAGUUAUGAAGCCACCCAGCCAGAGGACCUAGAAUUCCAGGCAGGAGAUGUGAUACUCAUCCUAUCCAAAGUGAAUGAAGACUGGUUAGAAGGCCAGUGCAAUGGGAAGGUUGGUAUUUUCCCAUCAGCUUUUGUUCAGAAGUGUGAUGAUAAAAAAGACACUGAAAUUAAUUCGGUAGAACCCUGAAGAGCCCAGGACAUGCAAGGAAGCCUAAGAGUUUCUAAAGUUGCACACAAGAAGUCUCAUCUCAUUAUCCGCUGCAUUUAAAAACAGACCUAAGUAUAAUUCUGGUGUGUAAAAAAGGCUGUACUUUUCUUUGUUUCACACUUCUCUGUUGUAUCAGCUCUUAUUUAAAACAGGUACCAGGUCACUGGAAAUAUGGUUAUGAACUAUCUUCCCAAUGAUAAGACCAGACAUUUAAUCCUGCAUAAAAAGAGCUACAUAUCUCAAAUGGCCUAGUAGCAAGAGCCCUCUCUCCAUGGCUAAGUACAGAAAGUCAAAAAGCCCGAGGCUGAAUUGAUUUAGUCUUUGCAAGUUAGUCUGAGAUGCAUAGAUUAAAUUGAAACAGAAGUGAACAGACAUUUAUUUACCUUUGAUUCAGGAAAUGCAGCCACAUGCCUGCAGUGGCUCCAGCUAGAAGCUGGGGGUGCUAGAACAUGGAUCUCUCACAUGUAGCUAGUAUGGGCUACAUAUUCACUUCCUCUUCCUGCUGUCCCUGAGGUCUCUGGGAUUUGUAGUACAAAAAUCACAACAGCAAGACUCUGCAGGGUUGCUUAUCAUUUCUUCUUCCUGCUUCCAGGUGCCUCUGGG